AGCAACAAGCCAGUCUAUACCAAUACUGCCCUCAGCGCUUGUCAAAAACCGGUCUUUACCCAGUAUCGAAUAUGUCAUAGCAUAUUCUUGUGUGCUACUACACUGUAAACUAAAGUGCAUUUAUUAUCCGUCGUAUAACCAUAUUUAGCCUGGAAUUACCAGUGUUGAUUAUCGGUCAGUUAUUGAUCAAGCACAUCUCAUUGAAAGGACACCGAUCGGGAUUGUUUGCGCCUACAGAUGUUUCUUCUAUUAUAAUGCAAGAUGCAUGCUGAUGCUCGGAAGGGGCUGUUCGACUGCGUAUUACUCGUCCUUUUAACCUCCUCCACCUACUGAAAAUAAUCGUAAACAGCUGAAAAUCGUUGAUAUUUUGGGGUGAAGAAUGACAGAAUAUAAGCUUGUGGUCGUGGGGGCUGGAGGCGUGGGCAAGAGCGCUCUCACCAUCCAACUCAUCCAGAACCACUUUGUGGAUGAAUACGACCCAACCAUAGAGGACUCCUACAGAAAGCAGGUGGUGAUUGACGGGGAGACGUGUCUCCUGGACAUCUUGGACACUGCAGGUCAGGAGGAGUACAGCGCCAUGAGGGAUCAGUACAUGAGGACAGGAGAGGGCUUCCUCUGUGUCUUUGCCAUCAAUAACACCAAGUCUUUUGAGGACAUUCACCACUACAGAGAGCAGAUAAAGCGAGUAAAGGACUCUGAGGACGUCCCCAUGGUCCUGGUUGGGAAUAAGUGUGAUCUUCCUUCCCGCAGUGUGGACACAAAGCAGGCUCAGGAUUUAGCACGUAGCUACGGCAUCCCAUUUAUAGAGACCUCAGCAAAGACGAGACAGGGUGUGGACGACGCGUUUUAUACACUAGUCCGAGAAAUACGGAAACACAAGGAGAAGAUGAGCAAGGAGGGCAAGAAGAAAAAGAAGAAAUCCAAAACAAAAUGUAUAUUAAUGUGAACAAGCCUUUCCUGUCACAAUAGACUCAAAAAAAAAAAAAAGUUUCACAACUGCAUUUUGUACAUUACACUAAAUUAUUGGCCUCCUCAAAAUACAGAAUGGAUCCUUAUUCUACUUGCUUUCUUAAAAGAAAUAAGCUUUACUUCUCGUUCGGUGCCAGUUGCCCCAAAGUGUUGGUCACCUUUAUGGCUUAUUUUAUCGGGUGGGCUGUCAGAGCUGGUGUUAUUUUGCAGUUGGUUUAGAGUAGUUUAGCAGAUUUAUAAAGAAAGGUGUGGAAUUGAAGACAAGGCUUUUGGUGUGCUGUAUGAGAGAGAACUAGCCGUGUAGCUGUUUAGCCGUGAAAUUUGCAUGUGAGUCACUUGAUUUUACAGGAACUGGAACAUUGAGGAAUUACUUUUUUUAGGACCAACACUUUCAGGGGGUGUUUUGAUACAUUAUCACUGUGUAUGACCCUGCCUUUGGAUGUCCCAGACUUCCAAAAACAACCUGCAUGUGAACUUCCAUUGUAGUCGGAUUAACGCGCCCUCUCUCGAAAGCCAUGGUAAUGUGUAUAUACGGUGAAAUCUUAACCACGUUAACCUUAUUUCCCUGUUUGCAUGCUGUGUUCUGUUCUUUAAACUUCCAGGGAACGGUAAUGCGUUGAAUACUGUAUAAUAGCCACUGCUGUGUAGAAAGGAUUUUCUCAGUUGGUCCAAACAGGCGCUAUCGUUUCAACGAGGCCAUUGUGAUAUUUUUAGUUAAAUUCAUGAAGGUUUAUAUACAAGUCAAAAUCUGGUAAGAAGUAAUAUGUAAAAAAAAUUAUCGUCUUAAGCAACAAAAUUAAACAUUUUAUUAACUGAAGUUUUUAAACAACUGAGAAGAUGGUGAUCUGCAUUUUAUAAAAGUCACCUGUCAGUUUCAGGGAUUGAAGAACAAAUUUAUACUCUCAUGCGUCAUGUAUUAGGCAUGUUACGUUUCUGACAGACAGCGUGUUGAAGCCGCUCGGGCCACAUUUUCUUUUCGGAAAGCGAUAAACAUCAAAACGUUUGUGUGUACAUUAGUUUUUUUUUUUUGGAAAUGUGUGCACUCCCUGAACCUCUGCUGGCUUCUCGUAAAUACGACCGAAUAUUGUGCACGUUAUUUUUUUGACAGACAAACUGUUAAAUUCAGCUGAAUUUUGAAAACCAAGUUCUUUUAUUUUCCAGGAAAGGAGUGGUUUUGAUGCAGAAAGUUGUCUCGUAUAACACAAGUCUUUUAUUUAAACCCAUGAAAAUGCAGAUCCUGUUGUAAGUAAUAGUGAAAAAUCACUUGUUGUUUCAUUACUACCCCUUAGCAAAUUCUGACUAAAAAAAUAUAAAGCUGCAGUUGACCAAUCAGAAUCAAGUAUUCCAGGGAGUGUGUAAUAAUUCGAAUCUCUUUUCUGUAAGGAUCUACACUAGCGAACGCCUCACUUCUGCGCUCAGAGGAGGAUUUUUAUGACGUAUGAAUAUUUACCCUCUUGUGCCCAGCCAAACAGCGCCUUAGAAGUCUGAGUAAUUACAUUGAAUUGUUUUUGCUAAAUUUUGAUUAGCAAAUAUACGUUUAAAAAAAAACGGAAGAAAACAAAUGCCUUGUUUGUUUAUGCUGCCAUCAACUAUCGAGACAUUCUAGUUCUAGAAGACCAAUUCUAGUCGAAUCGAAGCUGAACGCAUUAAUUCACAAGAGUCCGUCGCGAUCGAGUAUACUAUGGUAAAACGUGGCUAGCUUAGCUCUGGAGGGCACAUUUUCAGCCAUCACUCAAACCAAAGAGAGUAAUAUAACGAUUUAUUUUGUGUGACAAUACUUGUGAUGUCAUGAGAUUUACAAUAUAUACGAGCAGAAUGUUGCUUUAAAACCUUCAGUGAGCCGUUUUGCCAUGCGUCCUUAACCAUUACUAGUUCGUUUUUCUAAUAAUUGUUUCUAUAUCACAGUUUCACUAAUACGGAGAAAUCAAAACGGGAAAUAAAUCAGGAUGUCCGCUCUUAUGCAAAGUUAAAGUGUUUUGGGUGAUUUCUGUUCCCUUUAAAAUCCUUUACUAGCCGUCUGUAACGCGAGUAGCGAAGUCAUUAGAUAUUUUUUGAAUCAUUUCUGAAAUGUUCUCUGUCUGUUUGUGUGCCAAUUGCAAAUGUUGAUAAAAUGGUGCACGUAUACAUGGACCUUGUUUUAACAGCCUUUGUACGGUUGUGAUAAGAAAGAUGACUAUUUUGUAAAUUGUGCUUUUUUUUGGUUUAAUGAAUUGAAUGACACUUAAUUGUAAUUAAGGGUCGUGUGUUAACGGCUAUGAGAAAGUGCCGAUCUGAGGUCGUCUUUCGCAUCGGUCAUGUUUUGGUGAAUGUGAUUAUUAAGAUGAGGAAAGCUGUUCUCAGAUCUGCACGGUUUUAUAAAUGCAUUAAUCUCAUCAGUCUUAUUUAAUGUGUAAUUAAAAAAAAAUACAUAAAACCCACAGGAGAGACUCUGUGUCUGUUU